CAAAGUUCGAUUAACAUUGAAAUACCAAGUCACAAAUGUACGCAAAUAAAUCUCUGAUAAAAAUAUAUGUGUAUAAACAGCAGCACAUGACGAAACUCAACCAGUGGACAUUUCAAUCAUGAUUAAAAUUCUACCAAUACUAUCUUUAAUAACAUUUGUGAUUGGUACAACUAGUCCCAGUAUAUGUAGAAGAAAUGAAACAUUCUUGGACUGUAGAAACGCAGGCUUAAAAGACAUUCCUUACAUACUAGAAGUCCCAGAUACUGUGACACAUUUGGAUUUUUCUUUCAACAAGAUCAGAGUGGUCUACCCUUUUAAUCUACCACGUCCGUCCUCAGUGAUAGAGGUUUAUUUGGCGCAUAAUAACAUCGACACAAUCGUGAGAGGUGCAUUUGACGACAUGACAAGACUUGAAGUUUUAGAUCUGUCAUAUAAUCAAAUAAACGGCUCGUCGUUACACAUUGAAACGUAUAAAUAUGAAAUUGGACAUUUUGAAAAUAUAAAGCGGCUGAUUUUGAAAGGCAAUCAUUUAGGAAAACUGGAGAGACUUACUUUUACAGCCUUUGGAUUUUCUACAUUAGAAUACUUAGACCUAUCGUCUUGUUCUUUAGAGACUCUUGAACAUUUGUCGAUUGAUAAUUUAGCCAUAUUAAAACAUUUGAAUUUAAGUUUCAAUCAUCUUUCGAAAUUUGAAGCGUUGUCACUAGAAGGUCUUUCAGAGUUAGAAGUGCUUGAUUUAAGUCAUAAUGAGCUUUCAAUAUUAAACGAAAUGUCACGUUUAGUAUCCUUGAAAACUUUGUAUCUAGAUAGCAAUAAGCUUGAAGCUAUUAAAGAGAAUAUAUUCAAACCAUUGUUCAAUUUAGAGAUUUUGUCGCUGAAAGGGAACAUGUUUAGAACUUUGUAUCCAUACUUACUUCCCUUGGAUUCUCAUAAAAUGAAGGAAAUACGAUUGGACGAGAAUCCCUGGCAUUGUGAUUGCAGAAUGCGCUGGUUGGUGGAAGACCAAACUGAUGAAAUCGUCUUCAGGGAUUUCAAAUUAAAGUGUGAGUUUCCCUCUAGAUACAGGGGAAAGAAUGUUUUUGACAUCCGAAGCAAAGACCUGAACUGUUUUGCAGAUUAUUCUAGACUCAUUUUACUAUUAACAUUAUUCAUUAUAGUGUGUUUCAUGUUAGUUGGGAUCGUGUGGUUUAUUCGUGCAAAUCGGAAAUAUUUAAAACAUUUACGAUGUUGUGAUAAAAAGGGGGGUGAGUACGCGGCUGUUUAUCACCAUGAGGACCCGGAUGGUAAUGGAGAUAGUAAAGAUGAACAAGUGAAUAUCAUAAUCACGACGACGGAAGACGACUCACUACUCAAUAACGAAGAAACUACUGCUACGGAAGAUGUUAAAUUGCAAUAUAGUGAUGACUGAAUAUAUAUAGAAUAAAGAAAGUAUAAAAAAGAAGAUGUGGUAUGAUUUCCAAUGAGACAACUGUCCACAAGAGACUGACCAAAAUGACAGACAUUAACAACUAUAGGUCACCAUACGGCCUUCCACAAUGAGAAAAGCCCAUACCGCAUAGUCAGACCAACUUGAAACGCCAUUAUUCUUACAAAUUUUGUUAGUAUUUGAGUUUUUUCAAAAGAUUAAUUUUUUUGAAAAGCUAUUAAAAAAUUACACAAAAGCCGUGGUUUUCCAUAAAAGAACGAUAAAUAAUGGGAUAAAUAUAGCAACUUGUCCUAAUAAGACACACAGUCAAAAAUUAUUCGCAAUGCUUUUUAUUUUUUCAUUUUGUUGGAGUGUGCGAGAUUGGUAAUUUUUUCAUGUUGCUUUUAUCUGCUAUGAUAUUUGUUGUAAUUUAAGCAAUAUUUUAAGAUAUAUUUCAUUUUACAUGUAUACUUCCUAGACUAUUUUUACUUUUAUUUGUCAUCUUAAUUUUCUUACCAUGUACUGAACGUUUGAAACUGUGUUGUUUUCAUGAUUUUGUGUAUUUGUGUACAUAUUUUGUUAUUCAGUCGAUUUUAAAAGCUCAUUACACUUUAUGUUUUAUGCAGUUUACUGAAUUUCGACUUUAAAUAAAACUUUGAAUUGAAUUAAAUAGAUAAUAUGGUUGCUGUCCCCUUAAACAAAAUUGAUCCCAAGAUCUGUUUAGUAUCUUAUUGACGUUGUAUGGAA